GCGUUGGCUGCGGCCCUCGAGAAGAACGCGACCGUCGCUUACAUCGACCUCAGCGACAACGCAAUUGGUGCGUUGGCUGUGGCCCUUGAGAAGAACGCGACCGUCGCUCACGUCGACCUCAGCGACAACGGAAUUGGUGUUGAGGGCACCAAGGCCCAGAGCUUCCGGUGCUUGUUCGCCUAA